AUGACAACACUCCACUCACUGAUGCUGGAGAGAAAGUUGUGGCAACAAAAAUGCUACCUCUGGCGUUCAAGGUUGGUGCAUCUACUUCUCCCUUGUGUGUUUGAUCUGGUCUUGUUUGUUGACUCGACACGUGGGAAGACGCCAUAUCUCAUGCAUGCUAUUCUUGGUAUCGGCGCCACCGCUAUAGCGGACCAGGCCAAGAGUGACUCUUCAUACAAAGUUCUGCAUGCAUAUCACUGGCAGCAAACCCUUAGACAAUACCAGGAGGAAAUUAGAACUAGCAUUGGUCUCCACAAUAUGGAUGGUCUAAUGUCCACAUGCAUGUUCAUGAGCAGCAUUACCUUCCUCGGCGCUGACCCCGAUUAUACCAAAUCGUGGGUUUUUACCAAUAACCCUGCAGAUCUUAACUGGCUUCUCAUCCAAGGUGGAUUACGCUUUCUCCUCAUGCACCUCAGCCGCUACCUUGAACAUAGCAUCUGGUAUGAGGUUUUUAUGGAGUCUUCAGACGAGGAAUUGUUUGGUGACCAUAGGCCGGGAAAGGUGGGCCUGCACCCAGAGCUUGCUGAAAUAUGUGGAAUAACGGAUACAACUACCGAAGAUGAUAACCCCUGUCUCUGGCCUCUGAGAAUGCUUACCCCGAUUCUUAAGCUUGAACAUAACCGGGAGAAUUUCUCCAAGAUCUUAGGUUUUAUGGGGAGACUGCUACCGGACUAUACGAAUAAACUACUUGCUAAAGACUCCAGUUGCAUGAUUAUACUUGCAUAUUGGCUCGGGAAGUUAUGCGAGCGGCCUGACACCUGGUUAUAUUCACGAGGUCAGAUUGAAUGCUAUGCACUCUGUGCAUAUCUGGAAGCACUCGGAGAUCCAAAGAUCCUAGAACUUUUGGAAUAUCCUGCCAAAAGAUGCGGCUAUGUACUCGGUCGGCUUGCACCGGUUGAUAUUUUAGAUGAGUUAACCAUAAUCCCCAUGAUAUAA